AUGGUCCACCACAAGCGCCCCCACCGGCGUCUCCGACAACAGCAAAAUGCGAAGCAGAUGGCGAAGAUGACAGAUCUACCGGACGAACUGCUGCUUCAAGUCGUCGAGGACUUGGCGCCCGACGAUAUCCUCAAGCCGCGACUUACCUGCAAGAAGGUCGCACCGGCCGCGAAUACGGCCAUCCAGAAGCGCAUGAAGUGCCUAUACAUCCACCUAUCAACAAACUCUCUACGGACCUUCCGCGACUUCUGCCAUCACCCCUUGUGGGCGAGCGCAACCACCAAGGUGGUCUUCCUGGGCGACAAUGAUCUAUCGCCCAUCCCACAGACCAUUUCAUCCUGGUCAACUCCGAAGGAGUGGCAGAAAUGGUCUCAGAUGUUCGCGCCGUGGCCAGCAGCCUUUCCACCGGCUAAGUCACGCUCGAGAAUCGUCGGGGUCCAGGACAACGAGUUCGCCAUUACAGCUACGCUAGACGCCCUCAUCUCCUCGCUCACCAAGUUACCUGCUUUGGAGAGCAUCGCGUUCCAAAGCACGAUUGGGGAGCCAGGUUUCAACCAGGUGACAGAUGCGAUGAUCAGAUCACACGGCAGGAAGUAUCAUGAGGAGUACAAGCGCCGGAAGGCUGUCCAUCCCGAGGAACAACGAGUUACAGACUACGCGAUAUUGAAGGCAAUGCUCACAAGCCAUCAUUUGCGGCUCAAAGAACUUCAGAUCCUCACUGCUUUGCCAUUCGCCCAUAACUCUCUUGGUCUAGAGAAGUUGACAAGACUAUCCUUGGCAGCUGAACACGGAAGCAUUUUCGGCACGUACGAUACUCAACAUGAGGGACCCCAGAAACGUGCCUCUCCGGAGGCUUCCCGCUGGUUACGCCGGUGCGCAGAACUCUUGGAGCGUGCGCCAUGUCUCGAGCGUCUUUCAAUUUCUCUACAAGGAACAACCGGAUCUAAAUACGCUCUGCAGGACUACACACUCUCAACCUUGCGGGUCUUGAAUUGUACCUUCCCGCAGUUACGACAAUUCGAGCUGGCGCGCGAACAGGAUUCAUGGUGGCAGCCGAAUGUGCAGAGACCUAUGCUGGAAGCCGUACAGGAAGACGCUUGGAAGCAUUUCCUCCAACGACACACAGCACUGUCCUUACGCGAGAUCGCUGUGGACAAUGUCCUCAUCACAUCUACUGUCGGCAGCAGUCCGAUUGAGCACAUCAAAGACGUCGUUGAGUUGCGACAGUCAGGGCUGAAGACUUCGUACAUCGUCAACCGCUUUCAACAUCAUCGCAAUUGCAAGAUACAUCAAAAGCAGCCGAUGAACUUGUCACUUUGCAAAGCUGGGUGCGGGGCCUACUCUCUGGAUGCUACCGGUGUAGGCAUGGGCACGCCAGACAUUGAGCUGUUUGCCGCUGAGAGAGGUGUCAAAUUGAUUGAUGGUCUGGCCUGGGACUUCGGGAAUCGUGCUGUGGAUCGGGUCGGCUAA